AUGGACACGCAGAUCCCUCCUUCUUCGUUCAACGACGUCAAUUCGUUCCGCCCGCUGCUACAAUACAAUGGCGAUGCGAAUCAGUCACCUUUCGUGUUUGAAUCAGGCUAUCUUGGUCAAGGCCAGGAAGGUGUCCUCUUCGAAAUGACUAGUGCACAUGAAUCGCGUAUUUCUACGUCACGGUACAUGCUUUACGGCCGCGUUACAGCCCGUAUGCGCCAUACCACUGCUGCAGGUCUCGUUUCCUCGUUCCGUACCCAGUCUGAUGUGGGUGAUACAAUUGAGUUCCGUCUUGGAGGUACCAAUGUGACGCGUAUCUCGACCAACUUUGGCGCCUUGGACAAGUCGCCCUCUUUGCUGGGUCUGGAUGAAACGACCAAGGGCUUCAAUGUGAAUGAAUUUCACAACUACACCAUUGACUGGACGCCAUCCAAUGUGUCUUGGGCCGUGGACAACCAAAUAAUUCGUACACUACAGCGCCAGAAUGCAGGAAACAUGUUCCCACGCUCGCCUUCUCGCGUAGUGUUUGCUCUGUAUGGCACCUCUUCCGGCUCCUCGAAGCAGGAGAAGGACUGGGCCAACGGUAUCCUUUCCUACCAGGACAAAGGCUACCAAGAUCGGGGCUAUUUCGCGCAGGAGCUGAGUCAUGUCACUAUUAACUGUCCUGACCUAAAGUUGUCGAAUGUGUCCCUUACUGGAGUCGGUGCUCAGCCUGUGGCCUAUUACUACACAGGAAAGUACAGUCAAUCCUCACAGGAACCCGAAUUUGCCUUGUCGCGCGAUAAUAUCCAGCUGCUGCCUAACCCCACGCAGGAUGGAAAGCCUGGUAUACCAGGUUAUCCAGGUGCCUCGCCACAAGGACCCAAGCCCAACAUGUUUACGGGUGGUGCUGGCCGUCAAAGUACGCCCACCAACACCACGGCGCCGAGCUCGGGUGUGUCCAAUGGUAUCAAGAUUGGUAUCCCUGUGGCCAUUGGAGGUGCUAUUGUACUAGGCAUUCUUGGGAUCGCGCUUUUCUACUUAUACCGCAAGAAGAAAGCCCAGAAGACGAAGGCAGAGUGGCAGCGGCAACAGUUGCAACAGCAACAGCAACAGUCUCUCUCGUCGCGCCCUGUGUCAUCGUAUGCACCCUCCACCAUGCCGACGCAAGCGGCUCCUGCUAUGAUCACGUAUCCCAGCGCGCCCGUUUCGCAGAACGUUGCCUAUGCUGCGCCCUCUUCGUUGUCUCCCCCUGCGGCGCACGACAUGUAUGCGCAGACACCUAUCAUCAUGCCUGCGGUAGCCUACUCGACACAGGAUACAGGUGACACAUCGAUGGCUCUGUCUGACAAGCACAGUGAAGCAUCUGACACUUACGUAACGGAGGGUCCGUCUGAGUCAAGCAAGGCGCUUGUUCGUACAACGAGUCAGGACGACAUGGAUGAACGUGCCUACUAUUACCAGGACCCUUAUGCGCCUGAGCCAUCGUAUGAUGUGGACAGCGAUGCACACUCGGAUUCGCGUGAACACAUGCACUAUGCAGGUCAUGGUGCCAUGAGUCGUUUCCAUCCAUAUCUCUCACCGGAAGAAAAUGAACAACUUGCAGCCCAAGACGCAUGGGAUGAGCUGCGAUAUGCUGCACUCGGUGAUGACGACUCGUCCUAUUUCCAAUCGCGCAGCGAAGGCAGGUCUCUUGCACGCCACGAAGCCGACGUGCUCGUUUCCCACCCGUCAACCCGUGCUCGUUCGCAUCGCCAUCGUGCACAGCAUCGCGCUGCCUACUCUCAAGGUGGUGCGCUUAGUCCACCGACACACACGCACUCGCAUGCGCUGGUGGAGUCGCGACGUACCACCUUUGACCCUGCCGAGGGCUUUGAUUAG